AUGCCCAAAGCAGGCAAAUCAACCAGUGGGUCGAAGAGCAAGCUCUACGCUGCUCCCGUAGCUCAGCGGAAGAAAGAUUUUGGAGUCCCGAAAUUUCAAGGUCUCAAGACGGCCGCCAAGCAGGCCAUGCCGAUGGGCACCAAGCGCCCUCAGUCCGCCGCUGCCCUCUCUGCCCUUGCUGGUACGGGUAUCGACGACAUCGAGUCGGGCCCUUCGUCUUUGCUCAACUUUGCGCCGGUUGACGCGGCAUUGACAACGCGGGACUCUUCGUCCAAGGCGUUUCUGAGGGAGUUGCGGAAGGUCAUUGAUAGGAGCGAUGUUAUCAUCCAGGUAUUGGAUGCGAGAGAUCCGGAUGGUACGCGGAGUCGAUGGGUGGAGGAGGAGGUGGGAAAGCGGAUAGGGGAUGGGAAGAAGCUACUGGGCGUGGUGAACAAGAUUGACCUUGUACCGCGCGCAAACCUUGAAGCUUGGCUCAAACACCUCCGACACUCGUUCCCCUGCAUGCCGUUCAAAUCCUCCACCCAGGUCCAACGCCAGAAUCUGUCACAAAACACCGUGCCCCUCGCUCAGACCGCCAAUAAGCCCGGCGAGAAAGCGACAUUCACCGAGCUCCCCACCACGUCCUCAUCCCUCGGUGCCCCGGCCCUCCUCCAUCUGCUCAAGCAGUACGCUCUUUCCACUCCCCACUCCUCCCUCACCGUCGGCGUCGUCGGCUAUCCCAACGUCGGCAAAUCAAGUCUGAUCAACUCGCUCAAGCGCUCUCGUGCCUGCGCAGUUGCCGCUAUGCCCGGCAAAACACGGGUGGUGCAGGAAGUCGUCCUUGACAAGGGCGUCAAGAUCAUCGACUGCCCCGGUGUCGUGCUGGAGGACUUUGGGCGGGUGAUGGAAGGGGAAGAAGGCAGGCGGAAGCAGGCGGAAAUCAUGCUUCGGAACUGCAUCAAGGCGGAGUUGGUCGAAGAUCCCAUCUCGCCCGUCGAGGUCAUCUUAUUGAAACUCGACCCGGGCUUCUUGCAGCGAUUAUACAACAUCCCGCCAUACGAUAACGUACGAGACUUUCUCAUCAAGAUCGCGCUCGUUCGCGGCCGACUUGGGAAGGGCGGAAUCCCAGAUCUGGAGGGGUCGGCGGUCUCGGUUCUGCGGGACUGGAACUCGGGAAAGAUUCCGUAUCAUACGGUUCCGCCUCAGAUACAUCCGUCGGCGGCGUCGGCGCAGGCAACAUCUGCCGGUGGGGAUGUGCAGAUGGGCGAAGGGGCAAAUGGAGAUCAGGUGUUGAACACGCUCAGCGAGGCGUUCAGCCUUGAGGGACUGUUUGACAAUACUGGAGAUGGAGCCGAGUGGAAGGGCGACAUAGACGAAGGAGCAGAGGAGAUGGUGGAAGACGAGGAACUCCGUGCGGACUCGGCGGCCAUAGCCAGUGCGGUAGCUCCAGUAGCAGCGCGGAUCGACUCGGACUCAUCAGAAUCAGACUCUGACUCAGAAGGGGACAACUUUGGGUUCCGUCCGCCCACCUCACGCCCAGCCGCCCCUCUUCCGCCUUCCUCUACCCUCUCUACCCAAUCCUUCAACUUCCCCGCACCCACCACCUCGACGUACGCCCCCUCCGCCUUCUCCUCCGCUACGGCCGGCGCUCGGCCCUCGCUCAACCCCACCAAGCUCUUCACACCUGAAGAGCUCUCCAUCCUCCCACCCGGCGUGCUCGACCGACAAAAGGCCAAGCAGGCAGCCAAGAAGGCCAAGAAGCGCCAGAUGGAGAGGGAAAAGACGGAGGGAGAGCUCAUGUUUGGGAUGCUGGGGAUGGAUGUUGAGGGCAAAGCGGGGGAGCUGGUUCCGGGGACGGUGGAGAGGAAGAAUAAGAAGGAGCGGAAGAGGGAGAAGAGGAGGGCAGAGCUGGAGGCGCGGAAGUGGGCUGGGACGUAUGAGGCGCCGAAGAAGGAGAAGAAGGCGCCGGCGGCGGGGAUGUUGGUGGAUGAUACGGAGGUGGAUAUGGAGAAGCAGAAGGAGGCCGAGUUUGAGCGGUUCUUGCAGGGUGUGGGGGCGGAUAUGGACGAUGACCUAUAA